AUGGAAACUGAGAGCAAUGCCUUAAUUGAACAACUUCGAUUAAAACAUGAAAACCUAUCCAGCAAUUUAAAUACGUCUAACGGUGAGAGCCCUCAAGGGGUUCGUGUGAGAUUGAGAGCCUUACUGGUGGCUCUGCUCAGAGUCUCCAUGUCAGCUUGUGCCUUUGAAUCUCAACCAGUGGAGCUAGAAAUUGAUGACAGGGAUGUAGCUCAAAGGCUUAAUAACGUCAGCUUUGCUAGACGAAUAACAAAACCCACGAUACGACUUGUAAUAGGCUAUGGGAAGUUAAGUGCAUUCAUCACUGCGUUUACCUCUCUACUGUUGCUGAUUGCUGUUAUGUCAAAGCAAUCGUGGCACCGUCGCGGUACGCGAUGGCUCGCAGCCCCAGCACUCCUGGUUACCGCCUUGGAAGCAGCAUCAGACGCAAGCGAUGCGAUUCUAGCUGGCCUCCUUCGAGGUUCGGCGGAACCUCUGCGCACUGCCGCUCAAACUGUCGCAGCCUGCUUCUUAAUCACGGUUGAAAUUUUAGUUUGGUUCUUUAUAGCGAAAUUCUUUGAGUACAACCCGCCAAUCUCCCUCGAAGAGUGCAAGAAGGAAAUAACAAUUGAACCGGUCUCGCAGUGA